CAGCAUAUGGCCAAUGCGAUUUUGCUGGUGACAGCCAACAUUCUGGGACUGACUUCCUAUUUAGUGGAAGACAAACAACAAAGGAAGGCGUUCCUUGAGACUAGACAAUCCUUAGAAGUAAAAUUGGUUAUAGAGGAACAAACGGCAGAACAGGAACGCCUAUUGCUUUCUGUUCUACCGGAACAUGUAGCUGUACAAAUGAGGCAAGAUCUGGUAGAAUCUACCGAUAGCCAGUUUAAGAAAAUUUACAUGAGCCGCCACGAGAAUGUUAGUAUAUUAUAUGCUGAUAUCGUGGGAUUUACGGCUAUUUCGUCAACGUAUUCAGCUCAAGAGCUGGUGAAAAUGCUGAAUGAGCUGUUUGCAAGAUUCGAUAGACUUGCAGAGAAAUACCAUCAGCUGCGAAUAAAAAUACUAGGAGACUGCUAUUACUGCAUUAGUGGUGCUCCAAAAGAGAGACCUGACCAUGCAGUAUUAUGUGUUCAUAUGGGGUUAUCAAUGGUAAAAGCAAUCAAGUAUGUUCAACAAACUGGCAAUUGUCCUUUAGACAUGAGAGUAGGGAUUCAUACAGGAGCAGUUCUAGCUGGGGUACUAGGACAACGUCAAUGGCAGUUUGACGUAUACUCACAAGACGUAGAGCUGGCGAAUCAUAUGGAAAGCAGUGGAUUGCCUGGGCGAGUUCAUAUCUCAAACGCAACUUUGUCGUUCCUCAAUGACGACUUUGAAGUUGAGAGAGCACACGGUGAAGAUAGGGAUGAGAAUUUGAAAGCGAAUGGCAUUGUUACGUACUUUAUAGUAAAGGUGCUAAAACCAUUUCAGCCGAGUUGCCAAGAUGUUCAAAAUGGCGGUGGGAUUGUACCAGAAGAGGAUAGCUGUGUUAUAGCAGAAAUUGUAUGUGAUAAAGAAGAUGUAAAUGAAACAAUAAAUCGUGCUAGACAAGACUCCGCAGAUUUCAAAGUGCGAUUAAGAGAAGAAUUAGUCAGCAGAGAUGGGCACAAGGAGCUGUCAAAAAACACGAAAUUCAUCACAUUAGCAUUCACCGAUCAACAAAAAGAAAAAUCAUAUCAUCGCCAUAUUGAAACGUCAUCGAGCUUCAUCCUAUUGAUGUUUCUUGUUGUGAGAUUGGCUAUUGCAGCUGCUAUAGUGACUGCGUUACCUAGUGAUCUUACCGUAGAUGUAACGUAUUGUACAGAAAAUAUAGUAUUUUUUAUUAUAGUUAUAGUGGCUAUCAUAGAAGAAUAUCCUGGUUUGAUAAAAUGUUGGCGUGUUCUGGAAGAAUCAAUGUUCGUCAGGCGUAUGCUAGCUACGCUUUGUAUAUUAAUGCUAGCUGCGAUAAAUCUAUUAGACUCGAUUUCCUGUUCUCAGUUGAGAAAGCCAACAGACAACUGCUCAUCAGCAACUGACAUUGACUCAUCGUGUCUGUACCCGUCGUAUUUCAGUUACUUUUGCGUUUUGAUACUGAUAGCCUCGUCUCUACCCGCAUGUAUUUCGUAUCUAUGGAAAGGGUUCUUUAUGUUUCUCAUCGCGGUGGCCCAAUGUGUGGUUAAUAUUUUGGUCUUGGGUCCCACGCUGGAUUGUGAAGAGUUGAUGAAGCAUUGGACCAGCCUCACGCAAGGAAAAUAUACCCUUUCUGGACUGUUAUUGACUGCAACGCUGGCCUUAGUAUUUUUAGCGAGACAUAUGGAGAAAGUAACAAGAGUGUUAUUCUUAUGGAGAUGUGAGGUGGAGCAACAAAGAGAUUGCGCUGAAGAGAUGAGGAGGCGGAAUGAAGCCCUAGUCUAUAAUAUUUUACCACCCCAUGUGGCUACGCAUUUCAUGGGGAAGAACAGAAAAUUUGAUGAGCUUUAUUCGCAAAGCUAUGCUGAGGUUGGAGUUAUGUUUGCUUCAAUACCUAAUUUCUCAGAAUUUUACUCCGAGGAAUCAAUCAACAACCAAGGACUCGAAUGUUUGAGAUUUCUCAAUGAAGUGAUUUCGGACUUCGAUGCCCUUCUUGAGUUACCACAAUUUCAAGAUGUAAUUAAGAUAAAGACGAUAGGGUCUACGUAUAUGGCGGCUAGUGGCCUAACUCCUUCUAGACAAGUUAAGCCUGAAGAUCCUAUCAAUGUCCGAUGGAUGCAUUUAGCCCUUUUAGUAGAAUUCGCUCUAGAACUGAAGAAGGCCCUGCAAAGCAUUAACGAACAAUCUUUCAAUCACUUCGAAUUGAAGUUCGGCAUCAACCAUGGCCCGAUCACGGCGGGCGUAAUAGGAGCUAGCAAACCGCAUUAUGACAUCUGGGGAAAUACGGUUAAUGUGGCUUCCAGGAUGGAAAGCACUGGAAAAACUGGUUGCAUACAGGUGACGCAAGAAACAAUGGAGAUACUGAAUCAUUUUGGUUACCAAUUUGAGCAACGAGGUAUGGUGACAGUAAAGGGCAAAGGGCAACUGAUGACGUAUUAUCUUGUGGGAAAAGCUACUAAAACCACACCUCCUACUGCUCCCGUAUCUCCCAUUAUAGGAUCAAAUGGGAUGGAGACGUUGAAUGAAGAGGAUGAAUCUCACGAUAGCCCGACGUCAAAAUCCGAAGACAAAACGGUGAUAGAAUGUUCUGACAGAAUGGACGACGAUGUGUUCACGUCAGAGCCUGAAAUGUCAUCAGAACAGACACUCAUCACAAAAGGAGUAGAACUGAAAGACUCAACCGAGAAUACCUUAUUGCUUAGUGAUACGUAGGAGUCGUUCAUGUAGCCUAAAUGUUUCUAACAUAGAGUCCUCAUUUUGUAAUGCUUCUGAUCCAAGAAUUGCACAAGGCUUUCAGGUUGACCACGGAAUUGUAUGGGGUAUUUACUUUAUUUUUGAUCACUGUAAGUGUAUCUUGUACUACUUGGUGAAACGGUAAGAAUAAUGAUUAUAUGUAUAUGUAUUACAAAACUAAUUGAUUUUACAGACGCAUCAUUUAAUAAAGAAGAAUAAUAUGUAGUACUCGUAUAUACUCGGCAAAAAUUUGAGUUGACUAUAUUCCUCCUCAAUUUAUGAAGAGACGCGCGAUUCCGAUGAUUUUUAGCGCAUAAAGGUUUCAAAACUGAUGUUUUUGAAGCUCCUUACUGCAACAACUGGCGAACUCCUUCGAAUGCAUCAAGGCAUUUUUUGAUGAGUUAUUUCCAUUUCAGACCCAAGUAGCGUAAACUGAUAUCUGAUAGCCCCAUAGGAAAUAGCCAAGAAGGCUUAAGUCCGGGGAUCAAGCAGACCAUAUGGAAGAUAUUCCUCUACGUUUGUAAAGAUCAUCGGGUGCUUCUGUUAAAAAAUACAAUGUAAAUGUCACUGGUGUAUUUGGAACAGCUCGUAUUUCCUCAGGAAACCUGCACCGUUGUGCCAUAUUAUCG